AUGGCUUCCGCAACCCGCACGUUCGCUCGCGCCCUGCGCACCUCUGCCCGGCCCACUUUCUCUGCAGCCCCACGCGUCGCUUUCCGCCAGAACGGACGCUUCUACUCGUCUGAGCCCACCAAGUCGGCGUCGUCGUCGGCGUGGAUCUGGCUGGUCGGUGCGGCUGCCGUCGGCGGCGGUGGUGCUUGGUUUUACAAGAACGGUAGCUCAGGCUCAGCCACCCCCAAGGUUGUCACCCCCAAGUUCGACGACUACCAGGCCGUGUACAACGAGAUUGCCAGCCGCCUAGAGGAGAAGGACGACUAUGAUGACGGCAGCUACGGCCCCGUGCUGGUGCGUCUGGCAUGGCACGCCAGCGGUACCUUUGACAAGGAGACCGGUACCGGAGGCAGCAACGGCGCCACCAUGCGAUUUGCCCCCGAGGGCGACCACGGAGCCAAUGCGGGUUUGAAGGCCGCGCGGGACUUCUUGGAGCCGGUGAAGAAGAAGUUCCCUUGGAUUACUUACUCUGAUCUCUGGAUCCUCGCUGGUGUUUGCGCUAUCCAGGAGAUGCUGGGCCCUCAGAUCCCUUACCGCCCCGGUCGGUCUGACAGGGAUGCUGCUGCCUGCACCCCCGAUGGACGUCUUCCCGACGCUGCUCAGGGUCAGGACCACCUCCGGAACAUCUUCUACCGCAUGGGCUUCGAUGACCAGGAGAUUGUCGCUCUGUCUGGCGCCCACGCCCUGGGCCGGUGCCACACCGACCGCAGCGGCUUCGACGGUCCCUGGACCUUCUCCCCCACGGUGCUGACCAACGACUACUACAAACUCCUUUUAAACGAGAAGUGGCAGUGGAAGAAGUGGGACGGCCCCAAGCAGCUCGAGGACAAGACUACCAAGUCCCUCAUGAUGCUCCCAGCCGACUAUGCUCUCCUCCAGGACAAGAAGUUUAAGAGCUGGGUUGAGAAGUACGCCGCCGACAAUGAUCUUUUCUUCAAGGACUUUGCCGCCGUGAUUGUCAGACUCUUCGAGCUCGGCGUGCCGUUCACUGAAGGCACCGAGAACCGGAGAUGGGUCUUCAAGUCGUCCCAAUAG